AAACGGCAAAUGUUCGGCAGUAAAUACAAUGGUCAUAUACUGUAUGUUGUUUGGGGAGCCAUUGACAAUCCACCUAUUCUGUCCUUUAGACAUGAGAAUGUCUUGUUUGUAUCACCUGUGAGAAACAUAUCCAUAAAUGAUGUCUAUAUAACCACACCAGUAAUGUUAUGGUAAGUGAUUUAUGGAAAUCUUUUCUGAAUUGUCCUUCCCUGCUUUGGUAAACUGUGUGUCUUAUCUGGCAGGUGCUCCUUAUGCUCCGCCCCCGGCUGCACCUGUCACAACAGUGCCUGCACUACAUGAAGCCCCGGGACAAACUUUCUGUCCCCACUGCCAGCAGACAGUCCUCACCAAGACAGAAUACACAGUAGGCCUGAUGACCUGGGCCAUCUGUGGUGGCCUCACCUUCUUUGGGUGUUUUCUGUGCUGUUUUAUCCCGUUCUGUGUUGAUUCCUGCAAAGAUGUGGAGCACCACUGUCCUGAUUGCAACAAUGUCAUCUACCUAUACAAGCGAAUGUGAAAGUGACUCUGAAUAAAGACCUCAAUGCUUAUCUGUAGCCUUAACUUGCUCUACAACAUCUUUUUAUACUGAUUAAAAUUAUGAUAUUAAAUGCACCUAUACUGAAAUUGUCACUGUCAUUUUACGACUCUUUUACGUUAUAAUUUCAAUGCUAAUCAAAUAUAUGAUGAGGCAUCACACUGUGGACAUUACUGUGUAUUCAGCAAGCAUUUGUAGUUCAUUAAACAAGGGAUAUAAAUGCCAAUAAAAAAACUUUUUUU